ACGAACCCGACACCAUUGUCAGCAGCGCAGGAACAACAAGUCCGAGAGAUUUAUUACAAGAAUGUUCGGGCAAAGUGCGCGGAGGAGAUAAAAGCCUUCGCAGACUGCGCAAACGGCCGCACCUUAACCUCCGUCUGGGCCUGCCGCGCCCAAAAGCUCGCCAUGAACUCGUGCCUGCUAUCCUACCAAGGCCCCGACGAAAUGGACAAAGCGCGCGCAGAAUGGUUCCGGCUUGCGGGGGAGCGGAAACGGGCGAAGGAGGAGAGGGCGAAGAAGGAGGCCGAGGCG